AUGGGCGACACUUGGGGGCUUGUACUCUCAAUGGGGGUACUGGGGCUUCUUGCCUGGGAGGGUAAGGUCCUCCGGACAGCCUGGCUGGCACUGAAUCUGCUGGAUACGCUUCGAGCACUGCGGACGGUCAGGUCAAAUGGAAGAAGAAUUGGGAUACAAACCAGGAAGAAGGUCAUGAGAGAGGCGCUAGCUUGCUGGAUCAUAUACAUACUAGGAACAUCAAUCAGUCCUAUCAUAUCUACCCUCGUUGCCUGGAUCCCGCUCUACGCACCCAUCAAAGCAGUCGUCUGCCUAUGCUUUCUGUUUACCCGUCUUGCCUCUUCUGCAGCGAUACUAUCAUCCCUCAGCCCGCUCGUCAAACCAUACGAAACCCCGAUCGACAUAUCGAUCCAUCUCCUCGAAUCGCUUUUCGCGCUGGUAUACCACUUUGGUAUCGAGCUGCCGUUUGGCAAGGUCUGGUCAUGUCUUGGAGUGAUCAGGCAGGGAGGAUGGAGCGGGGGGAUUCAGCGAGCUGUCUCUUGGGUGAAAAUAGGAUGGCACAUUCUUCAGCCUUCUCCCAAACCUGCGCAUCCUCGGGAUGGUGCACAUCUCACACCUCCCCACUCCCCUCCACCCAGGAUCCCUCCUUCAGCUCCAAACGCCUUGCCCCGAAAGACUCCAGCACGGCCCACAAACCCUGUCCCCAAGUCGACGACCCGCGUCCGUCGACCCCUCGAACCCAUCAUACUCUCUCCUCCGCCUCUCCCUCAAGCGCCUCCAGCACCCCCAGUUCGUCGUCCAAGACGUGCUUCUCCUGCCCUUCCGUCUUUCCCUGCUGUUCCCACCCAUCCUAUCAUUGUCGUUCCUUCGACUCCUCCUCCUCUGCAAGCGGUCAAUGCUGUCGCAUCCGGCUCGAAAACGAAGUCUCAGGGAUCAGGGCUGUUGGGUAUCGUGCUGGACGAACCUGUCAGACGGUCGCCUCGGAGAAACAAGGGAAAGCGGAAGACCGAUGACGAGGAGUAUGUGCCUCCUCUGGAAGAAGAUGGGCAAGGCGAGGCUGUGAGGGUCACAAAGAGGGCGCUGAAAGACAACGAGGAGAAAGAACGGCCCAGGGCCUCAGCUACAGCCCCCCUAGCAGGAAGACUAGGCAAGCCUUCCAAACGCCUCCAUCCCUCUCACCCAGAGCACACUGCCGUCAAAUUCACGGUCUCACAUCCUCCCCCAUCGACCCUUUCCAGCGCCGUCCCUAACAGGAGCUCCACAUCUGUCAACCUCUCCAAUACCUCCGUCGCUACCAACAGCAGACCACUCCCUGCUUCAAGGUCGACGGCUAUGUUGUCUACUACAGCUAGUCGAGCGAGGAGAGAAGCUGUGGCUUUCGAUGUUGCCAGCGCCGCCGGUGGUGGGAGGGCAAGCUCAAGGAAAGGCAAAGGGAUUGCGCGAUCGGCGACUUUGAACGCUCUUCCUGCUUCGUCUUCUAAAACAACGACGUCUCGCGCAGCAGCGGUGACCUCUCCGUCAGUCAACUCAAAGAGGGAAGCGGCGGAGAAGAAAAGACAGGCUACCGGCGCGGGCGCGAGAGCGAGGUCGACUGUGAAACGGGCAAAGCGGGAUGAUGCUGAGGAUGAAGGACCCGAAGAAGAAGAAGAAAGCACCGUUGGAGGGAAGACGAGGGAGAAGGUUGGAGAAAAGCGGAAGGCCGUUUCGACGAGAGCACAGCUUGGUGCAAAAGAGACGGAGGAUGGGAGUGUGGCGAGAGCGAGGAAGAGGACGAGGUUAAUGGGAGAGAAGCGUUCUUGA